AGACACCCCACAGAUUGCCUUGAUCCUCAACAGUCUCGUGCGUGAGUGUCUUCUGCUGUCUCCAUCAGCCGCAGAGACAAUGCAUUCAGAACACCCGAUGGCCCACGAGACUACGCCAGCUAGCGACAUCACACAGAACACCCUGUGUCCCACGCUACAAGCAUUUGUCCGAGGCAGUGCACUUGAUCCGUCCACAGCUAUUCGUCUGGCUCAGUACACAGCCGACGCCAACCCAGCUGUAGUGGUUGAACAUAGUCUGCAGGCCCUCAUGCGCAUCCGCCUGAAUGCCAGUGAGCGUGUGCGGUUGGCCUAUUGUUCGGCGCAGUUGUACAGUCGCUGUCCUUAUGCACUGCACACGUUGUGUCGUGUGGCUCUCACACACUACGCCAUGCGAUUGGAGACGGUGGACCAGGCCGAUGCGCUGAGUGUGUACAUCUCGCGAGCUUUUGCGUGCGAGUACUAUGGAGGUUUGCAGGCUGCAGAUAACUCUUAUCUGCGCCAGUGCAGUAACGCUCUCUUCUCACUGUGUGUGGAGAACCUCCGCGACGCCAUGGCACACUCCACCUCCGAUCUACGCAGCUAUCUCGUCGUACAGAUACUCACGGCCUUGUCAGAUAUGCCUCAGGAGGUACUGGCGGCUCUGGAUGUCCCCUUCUCGUUCCUGUGUGACUAUGUCAGUGCGUUUGGCAUGGAGCCUAUUCUGUUGUGUGACUUGACCCACAGCCAGGCCAGGAAGGAGUGCGCCGACUAUUACUGCCAAUAGACUCUUAACAAACUGAAUAGUUCUACAGAGAUCUGUACCACAUCUCUCGUGACCUAUUGAUUUUGCUUCGUGAGAUCGUCUGGGUUGAAGGCUCGCCAUGGAUUUGCUUCGCACCCGAUUAUCCCUAGUUAGAUACACCCAAGUAUUUGGACCACGCACACACCUGUGUGUGAUGCGGGUGUUUCAUAGGCUCUGCUUAGCCCAGAUGAAUAGUACCGUGAAAGUAUAUGUAUGGAUUGCCUGGCUAUGAACUGGCUGAAAGACUUGGGGUGUUUGUGAAGACGCUGGAAGGAGCACUACCUUUGUUCACAAUAUACCAGUAUUUAGCUCGUGUAAAGUAAAUGGCACCCCCCUGAC